CCCCCGUCGCCGAUGGCUGGAACUCCUUCAUGGGCGCCAUCCGCACGCAAACCACCUCGCUCGCUGCCGCCCCCCGCGAGCUCGCCAUCUGCCGCAUCGCGAUCCUCAACGGCGCGGACUACGAAUACGGGCACCACUUCCCCCUCCUGACCGACGCGCUGCCGGACACCCCGAAGGAGACGCUCGAGGCCGUGCUGCGGCUAGACGCGUUCGUCGUGCCAGGGGAGGCCGAGCUGCCGGAUGCGAAGCUGAGGGCGGUGUUUCGGUAUACGGAUGCGAUGACGAAGAGCGUGGCGGUGCCGCAGGAGGUGUUCGAGGGGUUGCAGGGGCUGUGUGAGGAGCGGGAGGUGGUGGAAGUGACGGCGGUGGUGGCGGCAUAUAAUUGCGUGAGUCGGUUUUUGGUGGCGUUGGGGGUGGGGGAUGAUGAGACGGAUAAAUAAAGGGCUGGGUGGGGGUGUGAGACGAAGUGCACGGGUUUAUAGAGGGCCUACAGGAGCGAGGGAUCGAGAACGAACAUUUUGAUUGUAACAUAUCAACUCUAUUCACGUAUGUUGAUCGCCCGGAACGACCGGCGUAUUAGUCGAGGGCAUGGGAAUUUCACCCUACGUCCUGCUGCAGCAUUUUCCGAUGAACAAAUAUCAUUCAUCCCCCUCGCCUUGGCGGCUACGCACAGUACCUGUAU